AAAAAUUAGCAGCAAGAGAAUCUGAAUUAUAGAGUGAGGGAAAAAUGUGGCACCACAUGAACAAAAAUAACCCCAGAAACAAUCCUUGCCCUGCAGCUAAAUCUCCCCUUUGCCCCAGGCAACAAAGUGGCCGCAGCGCUGAGCGCGUCCGUGGUUAAUAAUAAAUGGCUGUCAGCCCCACAGCUCCGGCCCUUCCGUCACGCCUUCUGCCAGGGCUGCCCCGGCACAGCUCCAGAGCCCACCCAGCCUUGUACACGCUACGACAGCACCCGGAGGUAAGAGGCACAUCAGGCAGUAACGCACCAAGGCAGGUGCGUGGGGCGAUGGUGAGGGGAGGACCAUCCUUCUGUGCAAGAUGAUUGCGAAGAUAACGUAUAGGCUGGCAAGACAUGUGUCCACUGAGGCACAUAGAACCACGCAGGUGAGAAGAUUUCUGCAUGGUGCUUAUUUCAGGAUUCAGCCCUCCAUACAGGAAGCCCUGAUGGAGGGGAGACCGGUCGUAGCCUUGGAGAGCACCAUCAUUACACAUGGCAUGGCCUAUCCUCAGAAUCUGAGCAUGGCCAGAGAGGUAGAAAAAAUUGUAAUGAGAAAUGGAGCAGUGCCAGCCACUAUAGGAAUUUUAAGGGGUCAAAUCCACGUGGGACUCACAGAUGAGGAACUUCAGUUCUUGGCAAGCAGUAAAAAUGUAAUUAAAGUGUCUCGGAGAGAUCUUCCCUAUGUCCUCAGCCAGGGUUUGUCUGGUGGAACUACUGUAUCCGGAACCAUGAUUGCAGCACACAAAGCAGGAAUCCCUGUGUUUGUGACAGGAGGCAUUGGAGGUGUCCAUCGAGGAGGAGAGAACACUCUGGAUGUGAGUGCUGACUUGACAGAGCUAGGACGAACUCCAGUUGCCGUUGUAUCUGCAGGAGUCAAGUCUAUCCUUGAUAUUGGCAGGACAUUGGAGUAUCUGGAAACUCAGGGGGUCUGUGUGGCUGCCUUUGGAGAGUCAAGGAUGUUCCCAGCCUUCUUCUCAAGCCAGAGUGGCUUCCAGGCACCGUAUCAUGUCCAGGACGAAGAGGAGGCAGCUAAACUUAUUGCCAGCACUCUGGGUCUAGGCCUGAGCAGCGGUGUGCUGAUAGCAGUGCCCUGUCCCCAGAAGCAAGCUGCCUCAGGCCAGGUUAUUGAAGAUGCCAUCCAGCAAGCUCUCAGCGAAGCCAGGUCCAAAGGGAUUAUAGGCAAAGAACUGACCCCUUUCUUGUUACGGAAGAUCAAUGAAUUAACUAACGGGAAAUCACUGGACUCCAACCUUGCUCUGAUCCAAAACAAUGCCAGAGUGGGCAGCUGCAUUGCAGUGGCUCUGAGCAAACUACGGAAAACCACGAGGAAGGGGAGCUUGCCUCGCAGAGGGGACACAGCCCUGCCUCAGCCAGUGGUGAUUGGAGGUAUCAACGUUGACUUUAUAGCCAAGGCGCAGAACUCUGUCAUCCUGGGUGGCGGGCAGACAAACGCUGGAAGAGUAAGACGAACUUUUGGCGGCGUUGGAAGAAACUUGGCAGACUGCUUAAGCCGUCUUGGGCUGACCCCUCUCCUUCUGUCAGCUGUGGGGAAGGAUGAACAUUCAGAAUCCAUCCUGCACUACUGUCACCACAUGGACAUGAGUGCCAUCCUGCAGCUAGAGGGGAAGAGCACAGCUACUUACAGUGCUAUGAUCACCAGUGCUGGGGAGCUGAGCAUCGGCUUGGGAGAUAUGGACAUCCACCAGCAGAUAACAGAGCAAUACGUGUCCCAGUUCAAGGAGAAUCUGUGCCAGGCCCCACUGGUUUGCAUUGAUGGAAACGUGCCUCUUUCCACUAUCCAAUACAUCUGCCAACUCGCUAGAGAUCAUCAGCUAGCAGUGUGCUAUGAGCCAACAGAUGAGAACAAGGCCUCUAAGCCAUUCCUCUCAGACAGCUGGAAAGCACUCACGUACAUUUCCCCCAACCUGCAAGAGCUAAAAGCAAUAAACCGGACUCUUGGGAAUCCUCUGCCAGCAGAGGCACCAUCCAGGCUGGAGGACAUUAUCAAGAUGGCAGCAGCCUUGGCCCGCCCUUUGCUGCCCCACCUGUGCUGUGUGGUCGUGACCCUCGGUGCUCAUGGUGUUCUCCUGUGUGGCAGGAGCCUGGGAGGGAGUAUCUCUCUUCGUCCAGCACCCCACGAGCAGACUGCUGCUGCCAGCCUCUGUGCCGCCCACUACCCCACCAUCCCUGUCAGCAGGGAGGAGAUAGUCAACGUCUCAGGAGCUGGUGACAGUUUAAUGGCAGGAAUCGCUGCAGGGAUGCUUGCCAACCAUGACACAGACACCUGUGUCCGGAUGGGCCUGCUGGCUGCACGCUUGUCUCUCUGUUCCUAUGAGCCCAUUUCCCCAGAAAUCAGCACAUCCACCAUCAGCCUGGAACAAGUCCAGAGCAAACCCUGGCCAGAGGUGAAGGUAUGGAAGCUGGACUAG